AUGACUUCCCAUGGAACAAAGGAUUUCAAAUUAUUUAAAGACUAUGGGGGUGAGACUGAUGCAAAAACCAGUCUUCCGAGCCAACUCGACGAGCCUCAAAGAUCCCAUAUUGAAUUUCUCCAAGAUACUGACAAAGGAGCUCCAAUGGCUCAACAAAUGUUGUCAAAGAAGGCGGGUGAUUCUUCAUUGUCUGUGGAAAAUGAUGAGAAGAGCUGUAUGAAUCUUUAUGACACUAUAUCGUAUCAAAAUGUUGAAGCUGAAGACAAUCAGACAAGCAACUCGGAUACCAAUAAUCUCAAAGAUGGGAAGUACUUUUAUUACGACACGCCCCUGUACGAGGAAACUGGGAUCUGGAUACCCGUUUCGAUUCCCCCCAUGACUGAAAACGAGCACCAAGAAUGGACUCGAGGGUUUUGCUCAAACGGCGGGUACAUUCCGGAAGAAGAUAUGGGCUGGAACCAAUGCAUCGGGAAAGAUAAAGAGCUGACUAUGUGGGACGUGGUUGUGGAGAUGCUACUCGUGGCACGAGGGAAAGUGUCUUCUCUUGCAUCUGGGGACAUCGGGCAAGUUUCUUGGAUAUCAAGGCACCUAAUAGAGCAGGCAUGGAAGGAAAUGGCUCAAACCCUAACCGAGGCCAAUUUCAGUCACACCUUAGAGAUUCUUGAAUCCGAGCCUCCCAAGUGGCUGCCCGACAGCUCGGCUUCUUGCUGCAUGCUCUGUAACGUGCGUUUUCAUCCCAUCAUGUGCACGAGGCAUCAUUGUAGGUUUUGUGGAGGGAUCUUUUGCGGCGAGUGUAGUAAAGGGAGGAGCCUUUUGCCUGGGAAGUUCCGUACGGGAGAGCCGGAGAGAGUGUGUGACGUGUGCUGCGUGCGGCUCGAGUCUGUGCAGCCGUACUUGAUGGAUCGGGUGAGUCGGGCUGCGCAACUUCCGACCCACGAUCUGACUGAUUUGAGCACUUUGAGGUCGUGGGUGAAUUUCCCAUGGGGGCAGUCGAUGGAAUAUGAGAUUUACAAGGCCACAAACACAAUUCGUGGUUAUUAUGCUAAGGUUGGCUCGUUGAGGCCGGAGAAGAAAAUCCCUGAAGCCAUUCUAAAGGAUGCCAAAGGCCUUGCCAUAAUUACAGUCGUGAAAGUGGGUAUGAUGGUAACCUAUAAUAUCGGGACUGGGCUAGUGAUUGCUCGUAGGGAAGAUGGAUCAUGGUCUCCUCCCUCAGCCAUUUCUUCCUUUGGUGUCGGUUGGGGAGCUCAGGCGGGAGGAGAGUUAACGGAUUUCAUAAUCGUGUUGAGGACAAAGGAUGCAGUGAAGAAUUUCUGCAGUGACGCACAUUUCUCGGUUGGAGCUGGUCUGAGUGCCGCUGUAGGGCUCGUAGGGCGUACGGCCGAGGCUGAUUUACGAGCGGGUCCCAGUGGUUUUGCUUCUUGUUAUACAUAUAGCUGCAGUAAAGGUGCGUUUAUCGGGUGCUCCCUAGAAGGGAGUGUGGUCACAACACGGGCUCGGGAGAAUUCGAGAUUCUAUGGUAGCCAGUCGAUAGGUGCCUCGGAUAUUCUUCUCGGUUUAUUUCCUCGUCCACCUGCUGCAUCGACUCUGUAUAAUGCGUUAGGAGAUUUGUAUCUGCAGAUUGAGAGAUGA